AUGGAUAUUUCUAAAAAAACUGCCCUCAUUGAAGCUCUGUUGUUAGAGGAUCUUCCAGAUUGUAGCGAAGAUUCUGAUGUAUGUGUUUCCGAUGAAGAAGUCGAAAAAGAUCUUCAAUUACCCUUAUCGAGAGGCUUCGACGACUAUUUUGAGGAGGCUAUUGAGAGAGGGUCUCAGCUGAAAUUCCUCCAUCGCCGACAAAUGAAGAAGUGCCAUCAGGUUGUUCCGUUGAUCAGAAGUAAUAGAAAAGGACUGCCUCCACACAAAAAAAUACAAACCUUGAAUUCCUGGGCACCCGAACCAGUCUCCAACGGUUUUGUGUCUAACGUACUUUGCACAUCUAUGAAGUAUCACUAUCGUGAUGUGAACUGGCCAUCUUCUCUGUUAGAUCUCAGCCCUGCUAUGGCCAACGUGGCCUUCUCUAAGACCCUCUGGGGCGUAUCGCCCACUGAGUACCCGGACCCACCGAACCUUGCUCUUUUAUGCAAGGCGGUCUCGAGCGCGGGCACUGGCGGUCAGAGCGAGUCACAGCAAGUGGAAGUGGCAGUCAGGCACUCGCCUGGCCCAACUCAGGCCCAACCCGCGGAGCCAGCUCCAAGGGCGCCCGAAGCGACAAAGACACCGCCCGACGCCCCGGCUAUCUUGAAAGCGGACACAAAGGGCGCACCACCUCGCCCCUUGGCAACGAAAAUGCCAGCCCUAGCAACCCAAUGUACGGUAAUGGAUAUUUCUAAAAAAACUGCCCUCAUUGAAGCUCUGUUGUUAGAGGAUCUUCCAGAUUGUAGCGAAGAUUCUGAUAUAGAUGUUUCCGAUGAAGAAGUCGAAAAAGAUCUUCAAGUACCCUUAUCGAGAGGCUUCGACGACUAUUUUGAGGUGACUAUUGAGAGGGUCUUAGCUGAAAUUCCUCCAUCGCCGACAAAUGAAGAAGUGCCAUCAGGUUGUUCCGUUGAUCAGGCAGUCAGGCACUCGCCCGGCCCAAUCCAGGCCCAACCAGCGGAGCCAGCUCCAAGGGCGCCCGAAGCGACAAAGACACCGCCCGACGCCCCGGCUAUCUUGAAAGCGGACACAAAGGGCGCACCACCUCGCCCCUUGGCAACGGAAAUGCCAGCCCUAGCAACCCAAGCUAGCAACAAUAUUAGCGCCGAGACGUCUAGCGACAGUAGCGCUAUUUUAGAUGAAAAUGAUUCUACUGACUCGGUAGUUAAUGCCAGUAGACCAAAAAAGAUGACUGUGUUUCAAGAAGCACUAAUUAACUCGAUGGAAAAAAAGAGAAAACGAUCCAGAUAUGAACUUUCUACUAAAUAUUUUACCGGAAAUGAAGACAAUGUCCCCAACACAGAAUUUUGA